CUCCACAUUUAUCCCCUUUUUCCUCCACAUUUAUCCCUUUUCCUCCACAUUUAUCCCUUAUUUCUCCACAUUUAUCCCUUUUCCUCCACAUUUAUCCCUUUUUCCUCCACAUUUAUCCCUUUUCCUCCACAUUUAUCCCUUUUCCUCCACAUUUAUCCCUUUUUCCUCCACAUUUAUCCCUUUUUCCUCCACAUUUAUCCCCUUUUUCCUCCACAUUUACCCCUUAUUUCUCCACAUUUAUCCCUUUUUCCUCCACAUUUAUCCCUUUUUCCUCCACAUUUAUCCCUUUUCCUCCACAUUUAUCCCUUUUUCCUCCACAUUUAUCCCUUUUUUUCUCCACAUUUAUCCCUUUUCUCCACAUUUAUCCCUUUUUCCUCCACAUUUAUCCCUUUUUCCUCCACAUUUAUCCCUUUUUCCUCCACAUUUAUCCCUUUUUCCUCCACAUUUAUCCCUUUUCCUCCACAUUUAUCCCUCUUCCUCCACAUUUAUCCCUUUUCCUGCACAUUUACCCCUUUUCCCCACACCUGCCUCUGCCCAGGGGGGUUUUUUUCUGCUGGGACCCCCCACACUGGGUGCGUUUGACCCCCAAACUUUAUUUCCAGCCCCCGAAAUCCUGCACGGCUGUCCCUACGGCCCAGAGGUGGACAUGUGGAGCGUGGGGGUCAUCACCUACAUCCUGCUCUGCGGCUUCGAGCCCUUCUUCGACCCUCGGGGGGAUCAGUACAUGUACAGCCGGAUCCUCACCUGUGACUACGAGUUUGUGUCCCCCUGGUGGGAUGAGGUGUCCCCAAACGCCAAGGAUUUGGUGAGAAAAUUGAUUGUUUUGGAUCCCCAGAAGAGGCUGACGGUUCAGCAGGCCCUGGAGCACCCCUGGGUCACCGGGAAAGCGGCGAAAUUCGCUCACAUGGACAGCACGCAGAGGAAACUGCAGGAAUUCAAUGCCAGGAGGAAGCUGAAGGCUGCCAUGAAAGCCGUGGUGGCCUCCAGCCGCUUGGGCAACCACGGCCACCACGACUGCUCCCGCAGCGGCCGCGCCCAGGGGGGACCCCGAGGCCUGGCCCGGCCCGCGGGGACCGGCGGCCCUGAGGCCAGCGCGGAGCUUGGCGUGUUCCAGAGUGACAGUGACCACUCCACCGUGACACCGGUGACCGUGUUCCAGAGUGACACUGACAGUGACCACUCCACCGUGACCCCGGUGGCCGUGCCAGGCGCCAGCUGUGACAGUUAGCAGGCCCGGAGCGGUGACACCGCCGAGCCUUGGCCGCUGCCGGGGGUCUCGAGAGCCCCGAGCCCGUGGUCUGGGCUCUGGACCAUCCUCGUGUCGUGUCCUGUCACCCCCCGGUCGCUGUCCCUGUGUCUGUGCCCGCCCGGCUGAGGGGACGAGCCGGUGACUUUCUCUUCCCACUCCGCAGCACUUUGGGCCGCUGCGGCUUGGGGAGAUCCCAAAAAACAAGGAGCAAAGAGCAGAAGUCAGGAUUUCUCCCACAUUUCCCUGCAAAGGCAGCCAGCUGUCUUUAAGGGGUUUCUGUAAAUAAUC